GUAACAUGGACUUCCAUGGCUCAACACAUAGAGGUUAAAGAAAAAUUAGCUAUGAUAAUAGAAUGUCCAAGAUGUUGCUUGUACUAUUCAAUCAAGUUAGUUAACUUGAUAAUGCUCUUCUUUGGGAUUGCAAUAAUCAUCUACUCUCUUUGGCUGGACAAGAAGUGGCAUCAAUUUUUUUCUCAGCUACAUCCCACCUCACCUCCGCCUUUUCCUUGGUUUAUAUAUACAUGUCUAGGGGUGGGAAUUGUUGUCUUCUUGAGCACCCUAUGUUAUUACAUUGCAUUUAAUUCUAUCAGCAAUUACACUAUCUGUGCUUAUAUUUUCAUAGCCUGCUGCCUUCUUUUCCUUGAAGUGGCUGUUAUUGUCAUAAUUUUCUUCAAGAUGGAUGUGGUAGCGCAAAUUGCUUCAAUUAUUGAUGAGUGCCAUAAAAAGAUAGAGAGUUUUCUGACAUUCCAUUUGAAGAUUAGUCGCCUGAUCGUUUUGUUGAUUUCAGCAGCACAGGAAAAGAAGAAAAAAAUUAUGUUUGGUGGUAACCGUUUUGCAGAUGAAUGCAGUUGCUCUUUCAGUGAUAUUUUGGGCAGCAGGAAUGGAGCCAAGGACAGGUUGCAAUCAGUCAAACGUUGUAUCUGGCUUCACUCAAUCCUUUUUGGUACCUAACUUCCCUGAACCUGAUGAUGCCUCAACACAACUCUUUAGAAGAUGUGAGAUUUUAUCAUAAGAGAUUGAACAAGAAUCUCUACUGUCUUAUAUUCAUAUAAUAAGAGAGCCAUUUCAAACAAGACAUUACACCAAUUAAAUUCUCUCUCCCUUUCUUCCUCUGUGGUGUAUAUUCAGAAUGAAUUUGGUAAUUGAAAAUUUUGAUCAUACGACCCUUAUAUGUUCAAAGAUUUUAUUAAAACCAUUUGAUUAUGAUAGACUUCAUGUAGGUCCCACACUA